CCUCACCAGCUCACGCUUAGAUGGACUUUGUCAAUCUCACCAGUCCACCAUUGUUAAUUUGUCCCUUUCCUUCCAUUAAUCUCCCCUCAUAUUCCUUCAAAACCUUCUCAGUACUAUUCUCCAUCUGGGUUUUUAUGCAUGCUUCAUUCUGAUGGCUCUAAAACUAUCCAUCUGGGUUUUCAGUUUGGUGCUGGCAUGCCUUUCUGUGCCGUCAUGGGGCGACGGCGACAGCGACGCUGAAAUCCUUCUCAGCUUCAAGAACUCGCUGUCUAAUAACUUUGCACUCAACGACUGGGUCAACUCCACAGCUCCAUGCAGCAACAACACCCCAAAAUGGACGGGCUUGCGCUGCUCUGACGGGACUGUCUUUGGACUCAGGCUAGAGAAUAUGAGCCUCACCGGUGUUAUCGCCAUUGACACACUUGCCCGGCUGACUUCAUUGCGAGCUUUAAGUUUCAUGUAUAAUAACUUCGACGGCCCGAUUCCUGAUGUCAACAAGCUCACUUCUUUGAAAGCCUUGCAUUUAUCGUACAACAACUUCUCUGGUGAAAUUCCUAAAGUUGCAUUUUCUGGGAUGAAUAAUUUGAAGAAACUUCAUCUGGCAAGAAACCAGUUCAUGGGUAAAAUUCCCACAUCUCUCGCAGUGGAAAAACUGGUGGAGCUGAGCAUUGAAGGCAACCAAUUUGCAGGCAAGAUUCCAAAUUUUCCAGAUACCUCACAGUUGACUGUUCUAAACAUGGCUAACAACCUAUUAGAGGGAAAGAUUCCAGCUAGCCUUAGUAAAUUCAAUUCUUCUUCAUUUACAGGUAACAAAGGUUUAUGUGGAAAGCCAUUGAAAGAAUGUAAAUCAUCAAAUAAGAAAACCAUCUUGAUCAUUGUGGUGAUAGUUGGAGUUGUAGUUGCAUUAGCCACCAUUGUUGGAAUUUCUUUCUUGCGUAGCAGAAGAUCCAAAGCACCCAGUGAGUUUAAAAAGAACAAAGAGACAAGAGCCUUUAAGAAAUACGGGGCAAAUGAUGUGGGGCAGAGGGAAAAGGAGGCCCCAUAUUCAUCAGAUCAAAUGGGCGGUGAAAAUGGCAAGUUGUACUUCGUAAGGAAUGACAGGGAGAGGUUUGAUUUGCAAGACUUGCUCAAGUCUUCUGCCGAGGUUUUGGGCAGUGGCAGCUUUGGUUCAUCAUACAAGGCUGUUCUUCUGAGUGGAUCAGCCAUGGUUGUUAAGAGAUUCAGACAAAUGAGCAAUCUUGGGAAGGAGGACUUUCAUGACUACAUGAGAAAGCUUGGAAGUUUGUCACAUCAUAAUUUACUGCCUCUCGUCGCAUUCUACUACAGAAAAGAAGAGAAGCUUCUUGUUUCCGAUUUUGCUCCAAAUGGCAGCUUAGCUAGCCAUCUCCAUGGCCAACGAUCUCCUGGGCAGCCUGGACUUGACUGGCCAACCCGCUUGAAGAUCAUCAAAGGGGUGGCAAAGGGAUUGGCAUAUCUAUACGGAGAGUUUCCCAGUGUCCCUCUUCCUCAUGGCCAUCUAAAAUCUUCAAAUGUCCUUCUGGACCAUACCUUGGAACCCCUUUUGUCGGACUAUGCUCUAGUUCCAGUGAUAAAAAAAGAGCAUGCUCAGCUACACAUGGUAGCAUACAAGUCCCCAGAGUUCAACCAAAGCGACCGAAUUACAAGGAAGACAGAUGUAUGGAGUCUUGGCAUACUGAUACUCGAAUUAAUAACUGGUAAGUUCCCUGCUAACUAUCUGAAACAAGGAAAAGGAAGCAAUGCAGACUUGUUGAGCUGGGUUAACUCAGUUGUGAGAGAAGAGUGGACUGGGGAGGUGUUUGAUAAAGACAUGAAAGGGACAAGAAAUGGUGAAGGGGAGAUGCUGAAGCUGCUGAAGAUUGGGAUGUGUUGCUGUGAGUGGAACGCGGAGAGAAGGUGGGAUUUCAGAGAGGCUGCUGAAAAGAUUCAGGAGUUGAACGAGAGAGAUGCUAAUGUUGAUACUGAUGAGUACUCUUCCUACAACAGUGACGAUUAUGGCUACUCUUCAAGGCCACUGACUGAUGAUGAAUUCUCUUUCUCAGUAAAAGGAUGAAUUUGAAUAGUUUAUUGAGGGAAGUUCUUCUGUGUAGUUAAAUCUGGGAACAGAGUCUCUGUUAUUCUCUUGUUUUCACAGUUUGAUUUUAAUAUUUAUCUUUCAAGUUACAACUAUUUUUAUUAUACAUUUGGUAAAGACAUGAAAAG